AUGGGUUCUGUUUCGAACCGUGGAAAGCUUAUCAAAAUCAAGAGAAGUGAAGAAGACAGGAUAAGCAAUUUACCAAGCAGUCUAAUUGGGCAUAUCCUCUCCUUCCUUCCAACAGAAGAUGUAGUGAAAACUAGCGUCUUAUCAACCAAAUGGAAGUAUCAUUGGACAUCAAUCACUAAUUUUUACUCUGUUGAUCGGACUCCAUUUGGAAGGAGAAGGAAUAAUUGUGAUCAGUCAGUCAAAAGUUUCAUAAAUUUUGUCUAUCGAGUGCUGCUACAAAGUGUUUCAGAUAUGCGUAAAUUCCAUCUGAGGUGUGGUAACAAAUGUGAUAGUUCGCAUUUUAAUCAAUGGAUUUCUAUUGCAAUAUUGCGUCAAAGUUUGACUAUUGAUAAUGAUAGCGACCUCUACAUGUACAAGGUUGUGUUUAAUACACCAAAUGUUCAAUAUCUUAAAUACUUUGACGACUUAGUAGCAGAAGGGUAUUCGGUGAAUAACUUCAAUUCUCUGGUCAAGGCGGACAAGAAGUUAGUGUUAACCGGUGAAUUUGGAAGAGGAGACCAUGGAAAGGAACUUGUCAGAGGAAUAUCUAAAGUUCAGCGGCGGCUUUAUUUUGGUGCCCGCAUAGAGGUUAACUUUGUUAAAUGA